GCCAUUAUGAAUAGAAUUUACGAAAGCUGAACCGUGAAAUGAAAUGCUUGACAAGAGCAGUGUUCUAUCGUUCCACGAAACAUAAAAAUAAAUAAUACUUGAUUUGAAAUUCAAUUGUGUAAGUGUAACUGUAAUUAAUAAUUAUUUGGUGUAUUUGCUGUAUAUUCUUAUUUGCGUCGUAAAUAUAUCGAGCAGCAUCAUUCGGCGAUAAGUACCGGCAAGAAUGUCUUUUGCGGGCCGUGGGCGAGGUUACUCUGGCAGGCAUCAUGCAAGGGAGACUCGACCAGGAGAUGUUGAUACAGAUGAGUUGAAUGCUGUUCGAACACUGGCUGAAUUAAGUCCCCGUUCCACAGCUAAACGAAAACUGGCACUUAUUUCAGACGCGACAAAAGUUGAUAUGAACCCAGACUUGAGAGAGACAGAGGUAACGCAGGAGAGAGUGAGAGAUAAUGAUAAUGAUGACGAAUUGAACAGUCUGUUGUACGUUGAUGACCUAUACUCGCCGCUUCUGGUCUUGCUAGAUCAAUUUGCGCCUGGAGAAGAUGGUAUUCAAUUCAACAGGAAGUUGAGACAGUUUGAGAACACUGUGACAGAACUGUGUCCCGAUGAGACCCGAUUACAGCAAGCAUUCGCUAGUUUCCGCGGCGCGGCGCUGCAGAGCGCUGUGACGUCACGCAAGCUUGCCACAGUGGGUGCGGCGUUCACCCGCCAACAAAGACAGGGUAUGCUACGGACGUCGCUACUCAACAUCAUGCAGGGGACUUUCUCAAAGUUGGAAGUACUCGAGCGAGCUAAUCCGGUGUACCUGAUAAACGCUGCCAACUUGAUUGGAGAUUAUUUUGCAGAGGCAAGAUUGUGCAACGGCAAAAAAGUGCAUAUUCUGGCCGCACCGCUACUGAAGUACCUGCGCGCUAUGUUGACCAGCGAUGACGUCAGAGCACAUAGGAGCCUGGCCACACAGCUAAUGCAAAAUGGACGUGAACUCCUCUCUAUACUGUCACAGGAAUUAGAUGAACUGUCGAAUGCUAUUCGUCUUCGGUUACUCUCACCUCCGAAACCAAGCAUCAUAUGGCUGCUACUGUCUGCAGACUUGUGCCUUAACAAAUUCCUCCCACUACCAAACACACUACAACAAUUCUAUGCUGCACACCUGGAUCUGUCUAAUGAAGAGAGUUUCAGUGAGGUGUCAUAUGGCUCAUGGAAAAGCCCCGAUAAGGAAAUACCAGAAAACAUCUCGCAGAAUUUGUCUCAAAUUAGCUUAAAUCAAGAUGAUGAUGCUAAACCUAAAUUAAGACCAAUAUUAGGCGCAGGCGCAGCUACGUUAAGACAAGACACAGAUGAUUCAUGGAACACAAAGAGCAGUUUGAGUAAACGGUACGAUUUGAACUCUUGGAGGCAGGAAGAGGAAGAACCAGUUUUCAAUCCUGCUGUUCCACCACCAAACUUUGUUCAAGAUAUUCAAAGCACAGUAAAUUAUACAGAGAAUUACUCGAACUAUUUACAGCAAGGCGAUGGUACUUAUAUACAGAGCUACAACUAUCCAAACGAAGGUGUUCCACAGCCUGAAAAGGUUCAUAAUGAAAUGCAGAAGGCUUGUCGGAAAGAUGAAGGCAAAAAAAACAAUUGGAAUAAACAUUCCUCUGAUGACAACAUCAACGAAGAAGAACAAUUCCGUUCAGCAUCAAGAACCUCACGUGAGUCCAAACCGGGUAAGGCAAGAACUGAUUUUGAAGGGAAGAAUCUACCAAAACGACAUGUCUCAGACGUACCGAGGAAUCAAAAGUACUGGGAUCAUGACGAUCGUUGUGAUAAGGACUAUAACAGUUAGUGUCAGUGAUACUCAGAAAUUUUAUAAUUAGUGCUAAUGUGAUGACCCUUUGGGUUGUGACUUUAUUUAUAAAUUUGUCAGAAAUUCUUGUGGAAGAUGCUUAACAUAAGAUUAGUUAAAUUUGUAAUAAAUUUUCAUGUACCAUUGCCAUAAUGGCGAGAUGGAUUUUGACAAUUCAUAUGAUUUUUGGAGUAACGAAAUUUCUUAUAUAUUAUAUUACGGCAAAAGUAAUUAAUCUGAUUAUUAUUGAUAAUAACUGAUCAUUAUUUAUAAUUAUGGCAACAAUUUUAUUAAUAAUUUGAUCAUCCAUUAUUGUUGUAGUUAAUUGUUAAUAUUGUUACAAAAUAUAUUGCACAAUCAUCCUGAUCCUGCCACUUCGACUACAUCCGGCUCGAAGGACCAAUGUUGGGGCGGGGGUCAAUUAUAAAAAUAUAUACACAGUCACUCCUGGGACAAUGUCCAAAUACUAACUAACUGAAGUUAAGAUAUUGAAAUAUAAUAAAAUAUAUAACAUCAGCAAAUCAUAUUGCAUGGUGCUGCUUACAUCCAAACCUCUGUACGGUUUUUUAACAGUACAAUUACAUUUUUCAAUACCACAAUUUAUUUAUUAAUAUUACCAGUAAUUCACAACUAUUUAACAUAUUGAAAAACCCCAUGUCAAUGCUACUGCACCAAUUAUAUGAUGGUUUGACAUUCAGAUUUUAGUCUAUUUUUUUUAUAUUUAGAAUAUAACAGAUAUUUAUAUAAAAAAAAUAAGUAUACUUUUAUUCUUUAAUUUUAUCUAAGACUGGAUUUAGUUUUCUUUAAGAUUCCAUUAGUUUUGCUCAAUUCUAGUAGACAACAAAUUGACUUUUUUUUACUCGAGUUCUUCAAAAAUAAUGAGGAAUAAAUUAUGCAUGCAUGCAAAACUGUUUCCCGUUGCCCCGUACAUAAUCAUGACAAAAUGUUUAACUGUUAAACAAUUCUGGGUGAUAUAGAUGACAUAUUAUAAAUUUACAAUUAUUUUGUCUCGGUUCCUGUACAGAAUAUCGGACUAGGUAUUAUUAUAUACAUGUAUGAUGACCAUUUAAAGCGGUUUACCCCAGCGCCAUAUUUAAUCAUGACAAAUAAUAAUAAUAAAUUGUGUCACACUAGUUUUAUGGAUUUUUAACCCACCACCUCCCUUCUACUGUGAUGUCGCAUUUUUUUCAAUAGAUCAGACAGCGAGUCAGUACUAUCAUACAACUUAAACCUACAUUUAGCCUUAUAAUAAAUGUAGGUAGUAAUAUUUGUUUGGAUGAGUUUACAUGACAAAUGUGUUCAUCUACCAAGUUCCUUGCCGCACAAUGUAACAUUUGUUUAGAACCCCCUCUGCCCUUUAAGUGUGACGCAAUUUAUGAAUUUUUAACGCCAGAUGGGUCCUUUUUGCAUGCAGUGUUGGCAUGUUGCUCCAACCAGCCCAGCUCCGUCUAAAACUUCAGAACACUCUUGGGAGUUUGCAGACUUCUCGAAGAGACCUCAUAUUCACUAAGGUUUUUGCCUGCACAUUCCAGGAUCACAUGAGUGACUGUUUCAUCCUCAGCCAGACAUACUCUGUACGUAGGAUUGUCUGUUAAUUCUGAUUGUUAUUCUGUACAUAAAAAUAUUGGAUAGAAUAGUCUUUUGGGGUUUUAAAGAAAUUCAAAUGAAAAAGAAACGAAAUUUUUGUUAUUCUUAAAACUCAGAAACACAUGCUAGUGUAGUAAAUUAUGUUUCAAUGCAAUGUAUGGUAGUGAUACAAGAGGCUUUAUAAAUAACAUACAACCUGGCUUCUUUAUGUUGAUGUUUGUUAUGGUCCAGUAUCCAAGAUCAAAGCCCCGUAUAAUAUUCUUGUAUAUAUACACAUUACCGCCGAUAAAUUACAUCCAAAUUUGCAUAUUAUGUAUCGAUAAAUUCUCUAGGUUAUGGUGCAUUUAUUGAUUAUGAUGUAACUUAAAUUUAAGUGUAAUUUAAUUAGAUUUUAUAAUGAGAUUUAGAAUUUGUAACACAUAAAGAAAGUUGGUGAGUGAAGUAUUCAUUAAGUCAUAUGCGACUUUUAUACUAAAUUAAUAUAUCGCUUGCUGUAAGUAAGAUUAGCUCUAACUAUUUCUGGAAAACUAAUUUGUAAACGCAAUGUUAAAUAUUGAAUUAUUUAAUUAAAAAAAAUUGUCUAUUUCCUAUCAAGACCUUGCAAAAUUAUGUUUUAUAUUAUCUCCAUUAUUGCAUUUAUCAUUAGCUCUUUGGUCUAGUGCUAAAAGGGGCAAUAUAAAUUUUUGCUCUUAAUAGUGACAUAAUUUUCUAAAACUAGAAAGCAGACCGCAGAACUUUAAGGUUUUUUUUUGCUUUUACUGUAAUAAUAGCAAUGCUACAAAUUACCUUGAAGUUUAAUAAUACCUAGAAUAAAGUGCCUCAAACUAUAUUUAAUUAUCUGUAUCUAGUAACUAUGUUUUUCUGAUGAAUACUUUGCAGCAAUGCUCCUAUUUAACUUACCAUGUAAUGACGUUCUCUACAUAUGGACAAAUCACGCCGUAUAAAAAUAAAGCUAAAAUAUAGAACAUGCCACAAAUUAAAUAAUAAUAAGCUUCAACUGCUUUACUAAUACAUUGCCGCAUUUACUCCACUGGUUUAAAAUGUUAUUUGUCAAUAAGCAGCAAUGUAAGACAUUUAUUCUGUUCAGGUUUGAUUCGGACAUUGACAGUUGACAUAUGAAUAAGGAGGAAAGUGUGCUUACAUUGUCUUUAAGCACACUUUUGCUGUUUAGUUAUCAGACUGCAAAUCAUAUGUGUAUAGAACGUCUUUGCAUGUAUUGAUAAAUCUUCUGGAAUAAAUUCUGUUUAUUGGAUAAUGCCUGUUCUCCCUCAUUAAUAUUAAGUCUUGACUAACUAAAAAACCUGGCUAAUCUAUUCAGGAUUGAUAAUAAACUGGAAGUCUUGUGCUAUAUAUCCUUUGUGGAUUUCUACAAUUUGUAUCGAUAUGAAAUAUUCCUAACAUGUUGUGUAUUUUAUUACCUUUGCUGCAGAAAAAAUAUCUCAGCAAGUGCCUCCACAUCGCUGUAGGUGGCUUGUAGAAGGUCAUACGAGAUAUUGAGUCCUAUUAUGGUCUAUUUGGUUGGACCAGCUGGUCUGUGAUUGACCUCAUGGUCGUCUAUCCUUUAUCUCUACCACAAUAUCCAAUUUUUCCAGAUAAUUGAUUGACUCCAGGUUUUCAGUACAGAUACUCACUACAUUUUCUUGGGCCAACAAUUUAUGUAAUUUUUUUUAGUAUUUAAUAGCUAUUAAAAUAGACUAAUUAUAAAAUAUAUUUGUAAAUAUAUUAACUAGUGUCAGAUAUACUGUAUCGUUGGUUGGUAAAGCGACCACAUUAGCUCAAUACUUGAUGUUUAGCACAAAUUGAUUGUAAUAUUACUUCUUUUAAUUAUAUGUAAUAACGUUUAGAUUUAUAUAGUUUUAUCAGAAGAGAAAUAUUUCUUGAAUAUAUUUGAUCUCGAUGUGUUGAUUUGCUUAGACUCUGAACAUACGGUUAGUUUUGAUGUUAAUUGAGGUAUGUCAGACUGCUAUUCUGGAUAUGUGCUAUUUUGAGAGAAAUUGUAUGUGAAUGAAUAUGAGCUCCAGAAAAGUUAGUAACAUAGGUUGAUGGUUAUGCUGAUCUUAAUAUCUUGAGAAAUUUACACCACUUUUUUUUUCUAACUAAACUCUAGACAUGUGAUUUAGGCAUAUGAAUUGUUUUGCCUCAAAUACUUAAAAAAAAUUUUUUGACUCCCAACUUUUUUAACCCACUUAUUGCACAACACAAAAUUUGACUAAGCAGCAAAAUUAUGAUAACACAAAAACACGUGCAACUGAUUUCGUGUUUGACAUGCCUAAAUACGAGUACCGGUUCACAACACAGCUCAUCGGUACUAGCAUGGACAGGAGUGGGAUGCCACUAUUACACACCACCCGAUCGCUUUCUUACUGUGAUUUGUUAGAUAUCGAAAUUACAAGUAUCUAUUAGAAAUACAUACUAAAAAUAAUCUGCUGUUAUUUUUUAUAUAGUAUUUCACUCAUAAACGAAGAAUGCUGGCCUGCUGUACGUUCUAUGUUAAAUACUUAUCAUUAUUGGAAACACCGCGUAUUGCAACGGGAUGAAACCUUUACACAGUCCGCGUGACGUCAGCAAGCCAUUCGCCACUGAGCAAACGUUAGGUACUUCUGAUUGUUUAUGUUUGAUGUCUACAUGUACUUGGUGUCUUAAAGAUGGCGCCCGGUCACUAUCUCAACGCGCGGGCAUUAUAUAACACUUUCACAUACACGCACACACCAAAUAUACAAAAAAUAUUAACAGUAGCCAAUAGUGAUUAUUUGCGAUGUUAUGGUGUGAUUUUAGCUUGAACGAUUCAGUACCCCGCCUUACCUCAGUUGAUUGACAGAAUUGUUUGCAUUG